CGCGAAGGCGCCGCGCGUGUUUCUGCGGCGUGCGGCGAGCGGCGCUGAAGACGAAGUCGCGGGGAGGAAUUGCGGGCGACUCGGCGUGACCUGGACCCCCCCCGUCACCCCCACACGACUGCAGCGGCGGCAAGUCGGCCUUCCUCGAGUUCGGCCAGGGCGGCCACCCGCACAUGAUGAGCGCAUCGACGGCCGCCACGUCCAUGGCGCACCACACGCACCACUACCCGUCACACUGCCUGCCCUCGGCCGGGCACGACAGCUCGUACGCGGCCGCCGCCGCAGCCGCAGCCGCCGCCGCCGCAGCCUCGUCGUACCAGAGCAGACCGCUGGGCUACCCCUACCUGAACCCCAUCGGCAGCGGGACCGGCGGCGCUUCGGGGGGCUACAGCCUCGGCGCGCUGCCCUCCUACCAGCCGAGCAGCGCGCUCAGCCAGACGCGGCUCGACGACACGGACCCCGACAAGACGCCGGUGAUUCACAACGGCGAGCUGCGCUUCAACGGCAAGGGCAAGAAGAUCCGCAAGCCGCGCACCAUCUACUCGAGCCUGCAGCUGCAGGCGCUCAACCGCCGCUUCCAGCAGACGCAGUACCUGGCGCUGCCCGAGCGUGCCGAGCUCGCCGCCUCCCUGGGACUCACGCAGACCCAGGUAAAAAUCUGGUUCCAAAACAAACGCUCCAAAUACAAGAAGCUGAUGAAGGCUGGCGGCGCCGGGCUUGAGAACAACCCGUUAGUGAACACUGGCUGCCUGCCGCCCAGCCCGGUGUCAGGGCACCCCCAGCAAGCGGUGUGGGACAUGGGCCCCCCGGCCGUCAAGGGCACGGUCAUGUCCCCCGGAGCCUACAUGCCCCCUUACUCCCACUGGUACUCACCAUCGGCGCAUCAAGAGAGCAUGGCCAACCAGCCCGUCAUGUAGCCAGGUCUCCGCGGGACGUGUGCGUCCCUCCUCCUCCUCAUCCUCCAUCCACGACUGCCCGCGAAACCACCCCUCUCCCAGACGGAGCUUCGGUGCCGCGGUUUAAUUUAAACUGCAUAAGCUGUAAAUAUAUAUAUUUUUAAGAGAAUUGAACACACGCGCGCUCUCUCACUCGCCACGCGGCACACGGGGAUGCGCUGACACACGGCAUACACGACUGCACCGGCGCGCACACCGCUGUGGCACGCGUACGCACACUUGCACGCACGAUUACGUUACAGAUACGCACACACGUGGAUAUAUAUAUAUAUACACGCACGCACGGGCGCACGCACGCGAGUGAUCAGAACCGAACUGACGAGGCUGUUGGUGGUUUCCAAUUCGUGACUUAUCUGCAGGCGAUGAGCAAUUAACGGGGUCCUCAGCGCAGCAGUGACAGCGGCGACGCUUCUGGGCUAAGCCGGUCUGGCAGAUGAAUCAGGAGUAGACGAUCAGACACCUUGCCGGCACUUCUCAGCUACCGACACUCCCGCCGGAACCCAAAGCGGCUUCGUGGCCUCGCAGAAACGAGUUCGUUCGGGGCAUCGUGGCCUCCGUAACUGGGUGAAUUAUGAAGCGAACGUCCCACCUCCGAAUCGAAUGAAGGAUCACACAAAGGUAAAGCUCUCCCGUAUAUCCCUAACAUACUGUAUGGGGCAAGUGCUGCUAGCGAGCAGCACCUAUGAAGGAUCACGCACACACGAUCAACAACAACAACAUCGGCCGCCAUUCGCCACCAAGUGGUGGUGACAUCACCACGGCGCUUGUGCCAGGCUAGGUGCACUUUGAGGCCACACACACGAGCACACACGAUCUCGCACACACAGACGGAGGAGGCCGCGCCGAGCCGGACUAGGAACAGAUCUCGGACCGGAUCCAUUGAUUGGUGCAGACAGAGAGUGGCCGGGACAUGGCAGGGUGCGCGUCCCUUUGAUGAUGAUGAUGAUAAUAAUAAUAAUAAGAAGAAGACGUUGUCGUUGGAGUCGUUGUUGUUUGUCGUCGUUGCUAUUGUUGGACGUGUUGACCAUCCGUGUUUAUUAUUACUGCAGUACACGUGUGUCCGCUUGGAUGUACACAGUCCAUUAUUUGUGUAUAAUUGGCCGUGGAUUGGAAGCGGUUUUGUGACAUUUAACAAUGAUCACGAACUAGCGACGUUUUGCCUACCCUCCGCCCCCCCUCCCCACCACCACCACCACCACCGCUCCCCACUGGAAUUUUGACUUCGUCCCAAAAUUUGUAAAUUACUGAGAAAUUACUGAUCGCAGCGCAGGACGGGACGGAAGGAUAUUGAUCGAUUGCGUGGCAUUCCCACCCGUGUUCUGUAUAUAUGGACUUUCUUCCUAGAUGUACAUAACGGAAUAUAUGUUACAUGGUUUGUAGUUUUUUUUCAAAAGCCGUCACGAUGAAAUAAAUAAAUGUUGCUAGAAUAA